AUGCGCUUUUUACAGAGAUCAUUGAAGUUUUUGAAUUUAAAGAGUCGGCAUUUUCUUGAACUUCAAUUUUUUAAAUCCAAAUGGUGUUCCUUUACAACGCCUUAUAUUUUGCAAAAAACAAAGUUUUCAACAAGAUCUCCUAUAUAUAAAUAUAGUAUAGUUGAUAAAGAAUUAAGUGAAAGACUUACUUCAGAGAUACAACUUGAAAUUUCAUCAGUAAAAGAAGUUCCAGAAAAUAUAAAAACAUUUAUGGAUAACAACCUAUUUGAAAUUAAUGACCAUGAAGAUAGUAAUGAAGUAGAACUUGUUCGUCAGUUUAAAAAUGAAAAGAUUAGUGUAUCUUUUUCUAUCUCAGAUAUUAAUAAUCUUGAAUCAGAGGAUGAAUAUUAUCAGGAAAAUGAAAACGAAUCAAUGCAAAAUAAUACAUUAAAUACAAAGGAUGAUUUGCCUCAAUUCAAUAAAGAUGAUUCUACAUAUAGUUUUCCUGUUAAGUGCAACAUUACUAUUACAAAACCUAAGUUAGGCACAUUAGCAUUAGACGCAGUUACACAAGAUGGAGUUUUUAUGAUAGACAAUAUAUUAUAUUAUAAAAAUGAUGAUCUUGCAUUGACUCAAACAGCAGAAGCAGAUUGGCAAAGGCGAGGUAUAUAUAUGGGCCCUUCUUUUCAAAGUUUAAAUGAAGAUAUUCAAGUGAUGUUUGAACGCUAUUUAGAAGAACGGGGAAUAAAUACAUCAUUGGCUUUAUUUAUUCCCGAAUAUGUUAGUUACAAAGAACAAAAAGAAUAUCUCAAUUGGCUUCAAAAUGUAAAAAGAUUCAUUAAUGCAUGAUUAAAUACAAGU